UAUGAUUAAGGUCAAAACAGGCAUUACUUUAGCUCAAUUGUCGGUGGGGAUUGUCGCGAGAGGUAGUGCUGAUUUUUUAGCUACUGGUCCUUGUAUUCAAAUUUCUCGCAAUUAUUCAAAAAAUUGCUCCAAAAUAAUGGCUGCUGGUAAAUACAAGAUUGUCAUGGUACGCCAUGGUGAAUCUGAGUGGAAUUUAAAAAAUCAGUUCUGUGGCUGGUUUGAUGCCGAACUAAGUGAAAAUGGAAAGAAAGAAGCUGAAGCCGCUGGCGAAGCUGUUAAAGCUGCUGGUUUGAAAUUUGACGUCGCUCAUACUUCAGUUUUAACUCGUGCUCAGUGCACAUUAAAUGCCAUCCUUACUAAAAUUGGGCAAACAGACAUUCCUGUAUGCAAAACCUGGCGCCUAAAUGAACGUCACUAUGGUGGUUUGACAGGCUUAAAUAAAGCCGAAACUGCCGCCAAGUACGGCGAAGAUCAAGUCAAAAUCUGGCGCCGUAGCUUCGACACUCCCCCACCACCAAUGGAACCAGGUCAUCCAUAUUACGACAAUAUCGUAAAGGAUCCCCGUUAUGCCACUGAACCUAAAAAGGAAGAAUUCCCUAUGUUUGAAUCUUUGAAACUUACCAUUGAACGUACUCUUCCCUAUUGGAAUGAUGUCAUUAUUCCCCAAAUGAAAGAAGGCAAACGCAUUUUGAUUGCUGCUCACGGUAACAGCUUGCGUGGUAUCGUUAAGCACUUGGACAAUUUGUCUGAAGAUGCUAUCAUGGGAUUGAACUUGCCAACAGGUAUUCCCUUUGUUUAUGAAUUGGAUGAGAAUUUCAAACCAGUCGUUUCAAUGAAAUUCUUGGGAGACGAAGAAACCGUUAAAAAGGCAAUUGAAGCUGUUGCUGCACAAGGCAAAGCCAAGUAAAUUACGGGGCAUUUAAUUAAAUUGGAUAAUCUUACAUAGAAAAAUUGUAAUCAGCACAUAAUAGUAAAUUUACUUUUCAUGAAAUCUACAUUCAUACACAUAAUUAGGUGUUACAUAUUUAUUAUUUUGCCAUGAAAUGUUGCUACUGUAUUAGUCGGUUAUAUUGAAAUUACAAGAAUUAAUAAAUGUUUUGAAUGAAA